UGAUUGUUUGUGAAGUUAGUUGAAGCAUUCAUACUUGUUCAUCCACUUGCUCAAGGCUCUUUUGCUACUUGUUCUUAGUUACACAUUAGUUGCAACAAAGAGUAGUGUGAGGUUUAUAUUGUAUCAUCAGCUCAAGAAGGAGCAGCAUAUUGUAAUCUUUCCAUUUAUUGUUGUUUGUGAAUCUUGAAGGCUUUUGGUGAGCUUUCGUUGAGGUAGUUCUUGGUGAACACCUAGGAAUGAAGCUCUUGGUGAGCAGCUGGGUUUUGAACCCGUGUUGUAAAUGUUUCUCCGCUUUGAAGGGGAUUGUUUAGUGGAUUUGGGAAUCCUUUAGUUGGACUUAAGGCGUGGACGUAGGUUCGGUGCUGAAUCGUGUUAACAUCGCCAUGUUAAGCUUCUCUUUCCCUUGUCUUUCUUAUUUUACUUGUUUGUGUUUAUUUGUUUUCAAAUAUAUUGUGGUAUAUUACUCUUGCUUUUUGCCAAGGAAUUUUUGUGUUUGUAGAAAAAUUGAUUAUCUGCGAAGAAUGUCUAUUCACCCCUUCUAGAUGCACACUCGGGCUGAAAAAAAUAUUUAAAAAUGAUCAAAAUAAUAAAAGUACAAAAUAAAGCACAUUAAAAAUAUCAUAAUAAAAAUUAAAAAUUAUUGUAAUUAAUUUACUUAAUUAAUAUAUUUCACAAUUCACAUUACAAACAAUCUUAUUGUACAUGGAUAUAGAAAAUUGAAAAAAUAUAAUCCAAACAACUUUUAUUAUUUUUCAUUUUUUGAAAUGUUAUAGAUAUUUUUUGUUUCAAUUAUAUUUUAAAUUCACAUGAUUGCUUUAUUCUAAUUUUAAUUGAAAAAUAUGUAUAAAAUGAAUGAUUAAUUUCACAAAAGUUAAUUUUCGAAAUUAAAGCAUUAUAACAAUAGGUUGCUAAAAUAACUAAAAAUAUUGUUAAUUAUGGUUGGUUUUUUAUUUGCAUUUUCUCAUUAUUCCAAAUACUAUCUUAUAUAAUAUUUUGGAAAAUUGAAAAAUAAUUUGCCAUUUUUGGCAAUUAUUUUGAUAUAAAAAUAAAAAAUAUGUUUUUUUACUAAAACAAACUUUUUUAUUUCCUAUCUUUUUCAAUAUAUAUGAAUCUGAAAAACUAAAAAAUAAAUUAUAGUUUCUACAUUAUUUAAAAAAUUUUAAAAUAAAAUAAAAAAUAUUUUCUACAACUAACAGGUCCUUAAUUUUUUUAUGCAGGGCUGUCUACAUUUUUUCAGGAAUAUGUCUUUUAUAAACACAAUCUCGUAAAAAAUUGAAAAAAAAAUUUAUCUUAAGAAAAUGUUAUACAUUGCAUUUUACGCGGUUUGAUUGGAAUCCAUGGAAGAUAAGGUUUUAUUUAUAAACAAAAUACAUAUCACUCACACACACACACACACACGUGCUUUCAAUAUUUGUUUGACUAAUAACAACAACAACAACAACAAUAAUAUAACACACACACACACACACACGGGCUUUCAAUAUUUGUUUUGACUAACAACAACAACAACAACAAUAAUAAGUUUUAAGAAAAAAAAUUUCAGAAAAUAUGGGAACUAGUAUUAAUUAUAUUGGUUGUAAUUGAUUUUCACUUCAAUUAUCUCUCUCACAUACAUAUAUACACACAUGCGUACUAAUUUUUGACACACAUUAUCUAUGUGCGAAAAUAUUUUAGGGAUUUAAUUUUAGCAUUAAUUUAUUAAGUUUUCUAUUUUUCGAAGUGCGGGGAGAUGGUCAAUCUGUUUUAGAAGCGAUUGUACCUUAAAACAAAAAACAACUUUUUGUUUGAAAUAUAAUGAACAAGAAAGUAUUUUGAGGGAAUUCUUCUUGAAAAGAAAACUUAUUGAAAUGAUUAAGAUAAUAUAAGAUAAAUUGGGAUUUGUUUAAUUAGCAAUAGAGAUGUUAUAGUCCUCCAAUGGUGGCUCAUAUGAUAAAAUCAAGGCUAUAUUGCUUAAAUGCUCAGGAUUUGAGUCUUAGAGAUCACGAUUUUUCAUUUGAAAUAAAAUCUUAAUGUUUAAUGGGAGAAGGGUAAAGGGUGGACCCAUUACCUCGAUGAAUUAGUCGUGUGUCCAAAAGUUGUUGGAAAUCAUUUUUUUUUUUUUAAAGUAGAGAUAUCAUAUAUAGUUGGUUCAACUUUUGAUUUGGUCUACUAAUCUAACCAAUCUAAUGAUUAUAGUUUAUCACCCAUUUGAAUUUUAAAAUCAUAGCUAAAACUAAAAUGUAUCAAUUUUUUAUAAGAUAUUGUAAAUAAAUUUCAAAUGCAAAUGUAUGCGCACGCAUGUCUAUAUAUAUUUACACGCACACACACACACACAUGUUUAUAUACUUGCAUAUUCAAAUUUUAUUGAAAACGCAUUAGUUCAUCCAAAUAUAACCAGUGUGUUGCUAGCACAAAGCCUUUCCCUUUUGGAGGGUUAUUGAAUUCAAACUUGUAAGUUGAAAGGAAGAAGUCUUUGGAGGUUAAAGCCUUAAUAGACAAUUUAUGGUUUUGGAAAUAAAUAUUAAAAGUUAGGGUCCAAGCUUAUCCUCAUAUAAAACAUGAGAUCGACAAUGAUAGAGCUACUCAUUUGUUUUUUGACAGUUGACACCCUUUUAUCUCCUUCUCCAUCAUUAUAGUGACAAACUUUUGGUUGAUUUGAGCCUUCCUGCUAAAGCUAUAACUAGUCCAAAUAUCUUCACAAAUUCCUAGAAGGGGUUAGAAGGCAACCAACAGAUGUUUCUGACCUCAAAGAUCAUAUUGACUUUUAAUCUUUAGCACUUUGUAGAAGACAUGAUUUUCUAGAGUUUUACCUCCAAUGGCAUUUUGCUUUCUCAUUUGUUUGGGAGGCUACGAUGAUAAGAGGAAAACUUGUCACUUUAUUUAAAUUCAUUUGGCUCAAGCGCAGCGACCUUGGAUUAUCUUUUAUAUCAUGAUUGACUUUGCUUAAUAGAUUAUAUGUCUUCAAUAAGAUUGUAGAAAUGAAGAGGGACAAUUCAGACAAAUUGCAGAACUUAUGUAAAAGAUAUUUACUUUCAAUGUAAAAGAUAGAUAUAUAGGCCGUAAAAACUUUGACCUCCUAUGUAUCUUUUGAUUUUGCUACCAUAUAUUAAUUUAUAAUUUUUAUACAAUUUUGUUAAUUUUACCUCUUGAUCGGUUCACUAAAUCUUAAUUAUUUUAAAAAAAAUCAUCAGUCCACUCGAGAGAGACACACACAUAUAUAUAUAUAUACACACACAUGCGCGCUUGUAUGUGCCAAGCCUUUGUAGCUGAAAUUGCGUCUCGCAAACACGAUUUCCUAGGAAUAGCCUUGUAGAUAAACCUUCUCACCCGCGGAGUACUGGUAUCUCGCCAACGUCAAACCCUAGCUGGACGUUUGGAGUUCGGAUCCGCGUAGGUGAUUCAGGCAUCCAUAUCCUUGCUCAUCUCAACCCUUGAGCCCCAACCCGUACCCUUUAGAGCGUCAAGAUAGUUCGUAUUUUGACGCAGUUUUGACGAAGAGCAGCACAUGGCAGAGUUCGACAAUGAAGAGGAACAGGCUCAGCCUGCAUUACAUUCAAAGAGGAAACCUGAUCCAAAAUCCGAAGAUGAUCAAACGAAGAGGCAAAAACUAGAAAUUUCUGACAAUAACGCUUCUCCCAGCCAAGACAAAGCCAGUCACGACGGAGCCUGUUCGGUCGCCGGCGGCAAUUACGAAGAUGACGACGACGACGACGACGACGACGACGACGAAGAGGUCUACGAAGAUGAAGACACUGAAGAUGACGAGGAUGAGGAGGAGGAGGAGGAGGAGGAGGAGGGUGACGACGAUGAAGAGGACGGUGAGGAUUCCAGUCGAAAUAGACCAGAGCUUGAUCGCAAGGGGAAGGGCAUUUUGCGCGAUGACGACAAGGGUAAAGGCAAAUUGAUUGCCGAAGAAGAAAGCGAAGACGACGGGGACGACAGUGAUCUCUCGGAGGAUCCGCUUGCGGAAGUCGAUCUCAAUAACAUUCUGCCCUCGAGGACUCGGGGACGGGUAAUCCGACCCGGCAUAUAUCUUGCCAAUGAUCCCGGCCACGGCAGAGAUAACAGUGAUACUUAAGCCGCCGGAGAAGAAGGUUAGUAAAAAACGAGUGAAGUUAGUCAAUUUGAGUAGGAGAUAGUACUUCGAUUAGAUAAUCAUGUUAAUUUGAUUGUUGCGGGAACAAUGUGACGUGGUUUUUGAGUUCUGAGUACAUCUUGUAAACUGCAAUUUAGUUAUGUUUCUUUUUUCCUUCCUCCAGUUCAUUCCUUUUUAUUGUUGAAA